AUGUCUCACCCACCUAAUCCGUUCCUCACCACAGGGUUUAUGAUUGCUUCGACUCUUCUCGGACAUUAUUGUGUGAAACAACAGCACCCUAAGAAGAAAAUACCAUCUGAACGGAGAACUAUUGUCUCUGCUCCAGGAAAAGUAUUAAUUACAGGAGGAUAUCUCGUUUUAGAUCCAAAUUACUCGGGAUUAGUUUUGUCUACUUCCUCUCGAUUUUACACCACCAUCUCCGAGUUCUCUUCAACAACAACAACCAAAAACGACCAUUCCUCUACAGAGAAAACUCCACUCGUAAUCGAACUCAAUUCUCCACAAUUUCAUUUCAGCACUCGAUACGAAUUUGUGAAACACUCUGUGGAUGGUUCAUUUGAAUUAAAAUCAAACAGCGAAAAGAGAAAUCCUUAUAUUGAAAAUUCGAUUUUAUAUGCUUUGUGUGUGGCAGAACGAGCAAGAGGAGCUAAAACUGAAAAUAGAAGAAUUUCAAUUAAGCUUGAAGCAGAUAAUGAUUUUUAUUCACAACGCCAAAAUUUAAUUGACUUGGGGCGAGAGGUCAACCUAGAAAACUUGGAAGCAUUAGAGAAAUGCUAUGUUUGUCCAGAUGCAUCAAAACCAAUUCACAAGACUGGACUUGGAAGUAGUGCGGCAAUGGUGACCUCAUUAACAUCUGCUCUUAUUCUUCACUUUACAAAUCUAGAUUCUUCAAAUGAACAUGUUAGAGAAUUAAUUCACAGAGUAGCUCAAUUUUGUCAUUGUUUGGCUCAAGGUAAAAUUGGAAGUGGUUUUGAUGUGUCAGCUGCCACAUUUGGCUCACAAAGAUAUAAGAGAUUUGACACAAGUAUUUUGGAACCCAUCAUGAAAAAAGUAGAUCAUUCUGUUAUGAUUUGCUCGAAUAGCGUUGUUGACGAUAUCGUUCAAGUUGUGGACCCACAUGUGGAAAAUAGUGUGAAAUGGGACAAUGAGCAUUCUAGUUUCGAAUUACCACCAAAUUUCCAUCUCUUUGUUGCAGAUGUAGAACAAGGUUCCAAUACGCCAAGUAUGGUGCGAUGUGUGUUGAAAUGGAAAUCUGAAAAUCCAACAGAGUCAACUGAACUAUGGAAUUCCAUUCGAGAUUUAAAUAGUCAAGUGGAAGAACAUUUCAAAGUCAUCUCAAAACAAGCAAAAGAAAAUACUCUCCAAUACGAACAAACUCUCGAGCAACUCUAUCAAAAAUCAGCAACUGAAUGGAAGAAUUUAUGUUCUGAAUCAAAUGCUGUUAACAAUUCAAUCAUAGAGUCCAUGAUUGCCAUCCGAACAGCUUUUUAUGAAAUUCGUUCAAAACUCAAGUACAUGGGAGAACAAGCAGAAAAUGUUCCAAUUGAACCAGAUCAACAAUCAAAGCUUCUCAAUGAGACCAUGAACGCCAAUGGAUGUCUAAUUGCAGGUGUUCCUGGUGCAGGUGGUUACGAUGCCGUUUUUUCCAUCUUGUUUGCUCCCAAUAAUGGAGAAGCAUUGAAAGCAGUGAAGAAGAAUGUGGAACAAGUUUGGAAAUUUUUCAAACCUUCGAAUGAUGAGAGCGUUCAGUGCCGUGUGACACCUCUCAUUUUGAACGAAUCCAAAACAAAAGGAAUUGAUGUGGUAUUUCAACAAUAG